AUGGCGACCUCGUCGAUGCCGGAGUCGGAGAGGAACUCGGGUGCGAAAGCGUCGGGUGAGCGUCGACCAGGAGCAGGUCGUCCCACGGGGCCCUGCCGUGGCGUGGAGCCGCACUGCGGGAGCAGCCGGCGGCGAGAGUGAGGGCCACAGACCCCGCGCCUCUCUACCAGAAGGUCCCUGGAGCCGAUGGAGGAAAACGAAGUAGAGAGCAGCAGCGACGCGACCCCCGGGCCUGGCCGACCUGAGGAGCCUUCCGAGAGUGGCCUGGGAGUGGGCACCUCGGAAGCCGUAUCGGCCGACAGCAGCGACGCCGUGGCCGCCCCGGGACCUGUAGAGGCGGAUGACUCAGGCGUGGGGCAAAGCUCGGACCGUGGCAGCAGCUCUCUGGAGGAAGUUUCAGAGAGCAGCUCAAGCACAGACCCCCUGCCCCAUGGCUACCUCCCAGACUCGUCCUCUGUGUCCCGCAGUCCAGUGAUGGGGGUGACGGGCGGCCCCCCAACCCUGGUGCACUCCAGCGUACUCCCAGAUCCCGCCCUGCUGGUGUCUGACUGCACCGCGUCGUCCUCCGACCUGGGCUCAGCUAUCGACAAGAUCAUUGAGUCCACCAUCGGGCCUGACCUUAUCCAGAGCUGCAUCACUGUGACCAGCGCUGAGGAUGGUGGGGCCGAGACCACACGCUUCCUCAUCCUGCAGGGCCCAGACGAUGGAGCUCCCCUGGCAUCACCAAUGUCCAGUUCCACCCUGGCCCACAGCCUGGCAGCCAUCGAGGCGCUGGCUGACGGUCCCACGUCCACCUCCACGUGCCUGGAACCACCAGAGGUGGCACAGGAUGGGCCCAGCUCCCCAGGUGUGCAGCCGCUGGCGGGCCCUGGCACGGAGGAGCCAGACCUGCAGAGCCUGGAGGCCAUGAUGGAGGUGGUGGUGGUGCAGCAGUUCAAGUGCAAGGUGUGCCGGUACCGGAGUAGCACCAAGACCACGCUGCUGCGCCACAUGUGGGAGCGCCACUUCCGGCCAGCAGUCAGUAAGAAAGCCCGUGUGCGGAAGUGGGGUGCCUCAGCCAAGGCUCAGGAGCAGGAGGGGCCUGAAGAGGAGGAGGAGGAUGACAUCGUUGACGCUGGGGCCAUUGAUGAUCUAGAGGAGGACAGUGACUACAAUCCAGCUGAGGAUGAGCCCCGAGGCGGUCGGCAGCUGCGGCCCCAGCGCCCGGCCCCUAGCACCCCAAGACCUCGAAGGAAACCUGGCCGGCCCCGGAAGCUGCCUCGCUUAGAGACCUCAGACUUCCCAGACGAUGUGGAAGGAGAGCCUCUGGUGAGCUCCCAGAGUGGCCAGAAUCCCGCGGAGUGUCAGCACCAGGACCCCGAAGUCCCCAGCUCCUCCCGCCCAGGACGGCAGGCAGCCCUGGGCAGGACCAGGAGGGCACCCAAGGAGCCCGCCAUCAGCCAGUCGGAUGCCGAGAAUGCUGCUCCCUCCGGCCAGGACCCACCGGACCCCCCACCCCGCCGCCGGGGCCGGCCCUCCCGGCGCUUCCUUGGCAAGAAAUACCGAAAGUACUACUACAAGUCACCUAAACCCCUGCUGAGACCCUUCCUGUGCCGCAUCUGCGGCUCCCGCUUCCUGUCCCAUGAGGAUCUGCGCUUCCACGUCAGCUCCCACGUGGCCGGCGACCCCCAGCUCUUCAAGUGCCUGCAGUGCAGCUACCGCUCCCGCCGCUGGUCCUCGCUCAAGGAGCACAUGUUCAACCACGUGGGCAGUAAACCCUACAAGUGUGAUGAGUGCAGCUACGCCAGCGUCUACAGGAAGGAUGUCAUCCGGCAUGCAGCCGUGCACAGCCGGGACCGGAAGAAGAAGCCAGAUCCGACCCCGAAGCUGAGCUCUUUCCCGUGCCCCGUGUGUGGUCGAGUCUACCCCGUGCAGAAAAGGCUCACGCAGCACAUGAAGACACAUAGCACCGAGAAGCCCCACAUGUGUGACAAGUGCGGGAAGUCCUUUAAGAAGCGCUACACCUUCAAGAUGCACCUGCUCACACACAUCCAGGCUGUAGACAACCUCAGGUUCAAGUGCGAGUUCUGUGAGUUCCUGUGUGACGACAAGAAGGCACUGCUGAACCACCAGCUGUCCCACGUCAGCGACAAGCCCUUCAAAUGCAGCUUCUGCUGCUACCGCACCUACCGGGAGGACUUCCUGCUAUCCCACGUGGCCAUCAAGCACACAGGCGCCAAGCCCUUCGCCUGUGAGUACUGCCACUUCAGCACUCGGCACAAGAAGAACCUGCGCCUGCAUGUGCGCUGCCGCCACGCCAACAGCUUCGAGGAGUGGGGGCUGCGGCACCCCGAGGACCCCCCCUCCCGCCGCCGUCCCUUCUUCUCUCUGCAGCAGAUCCAGGAGCUGAAGCAGCAGCACGCCUCACCCCCCGUGCUGCCGUCCGCCCCCUCGGGAAGCUCCGAGAACCUCCCGGAAGCAACAGCCUUCCAAUCAUCGGAUACGCCCUCACUGCUCUGCCCUGACACCCUGAGCGGCGCCACCAUCAUCUACCAGCAAGGAGCUGAGGUGUCCGCGGCGAUGGCCACGCAGACGGCCUUGGAUCUGCUGCUGAACAUGAGCGCCCAGCGGGAACUGGGGGGCACUGCCCUACAGGUGGCUGUGGUGAAGUCUGGGGAUGUGGAUGCAGAGCUUGCGCCCUCUGGUGGGCAGCCCUCCCCAGAGGGGGCCACUCCACAAGUGGUGACCCUGCACAUGGCAGAGCCAGCAAGCAGUGUGUCAGCCGAGAGCCAGCUAGGCCCCCCUGACCUACAGCAGAUCACCCUGGCGCCAGGGCCAUUUGGCGGGGCUGGCUACAGUGUCAUCACAGCACCCCCCAUGGAGGAGGGGACGUCAGCUCCGGGCACACCUUACAGUGAGGAGCCCUCCGGGGAGGCCGCCCAGGCUGUGGUGGUGAGUGAGGAGGCCCUGAAAGAAGCUGGCACCCACUACAUCAUGGCGGCCGAUGGCUCCCAGCUGCACCAAAUUGAACUGACUGCCGACGGCUCCAUCUCCUUCCCAAGCCCUGAAACCCUGGCCUCAGGCACCAAGUGGCCCCUGCUGCAGUGUGGGGGAUUGCCCAGAGAUGGCCUUGAGUCCCCAUCCCCAGCCAAGACCCACCAAGGUGGGGGCCUGCAGGCCUCUGCCUCCCCGCCGCCCACCACGGCUGUGCCGUGGAAGAAGUUUUCCUGCAAGAUCUGCGCCGAGGCCUUCACUGGCCGAGCGGAGAUGGAGAGUCACAAGCGGGCCCACGUCGGGCUCAGGGCCUUCAAGUGCCGCUACUGCCCCUUCAGUGCCUGCCAGUGGCCCGAAGUUCGGGCCCACAUGGUGCAGCACUCAAGCCUGCGCCCCCACCAGUGCAACCAGUGCAGCUUCGCCUCCAAGAACAAGAAGGACUUGCGGCGGCACAUGCUGACCCACACCAACGAGAAGCCUUUUGAGUGCCACCUCUGCGGGCAGCGCUUCAACCGCAACGGGCACCUCAAGUUCCACAUCCAGCGGCUGCACAAUCCUGAAGGGAAGAGGCUGGGGCCGCCUCCAGUGCAGACACCCAACCAGACCAUCAUCAUCAACAGCGACGACGAGACGCUGGCCUCCUUGCACACGGCCCUCCAGUCCACUCAUGGGGUCUUGGGCCCAGAGCGGCUGCAGCAGGCACUGGCCCCAGAGCACAUCAUUGUGGCCCAGGAACAGACUGUGAGCAACCAGCAGGAGGAGGCCACCUACAUCCAGGAGAUCACAACUGCAGAUGGCCAGACGGUGCAGCACCUCGUGACCUCCGACAACCAAGUACAGUACAUCAUCUCCCAGGACGGAGUCCAGCACCUGCUCCCCCAGGAGUAUGUUGUGGUCCCUGAGGGCCACCACAUACAGUUACAGGAUGGCCAGAUUACACACAUCCAGUAUGAGCAGGGCACUCCGCUCCUUCAGGAGUCCCAGAUCCAGUAUGUGCCCCUUUCCCCGGGCCAGCAGCUUGUCACCCAGGCUCAGCUGGAGGCUGCAGCACACUCGGCCGUCACAGCCGUGGCCGAUGCCGCCAUGGCCCAAGCCCAGGGCCUGCUGAGCUCGGAGGCAGCCCCAGAGCACAUCCAGCAGCUACAGCACCAGGGCAUCGAGUAUGACGUCAUUACGCUGGCAGACGAAUGACCCAGAACCCAGCACCAACCAGCUACAUGGCCAGCCCUAGUGUGUGCAGGGGCCUCCAGGACAUCAGGUGCUGGGCCAUCAGCGUCCUGUCACUCAGAAGCCAGACCUGUGCUACAGGGGGUGAGGGUGGCCAAAGGCCCCAAGCGGGACUUGCUGGGGGUGGGGGUGGGUGGUAGCCUGCGGGCAGGCUUGGAGAGAACUUUUAUUUUCAUUUGGAUGCACCCUUUGGCCCUCAGUCUCAAUAAAAGGGACCAGAGUUCAGCCCUGGCCGGGUUGCUUUGUCCACUUGCUAUAGCCCGGAGCCCAGGCAGGCCCUGGGAAGUGGUGGAAGGUGGAGCCUGGGAACUGCCCAAGUAGCCGGUGUGUGCCCUCUGUGGCUUCCCUGCCACUGUGAGUAGAGGUCUGCCUGCCAGCCAGGGCAGAGUCCAUAUGCUGGCUGUGCUGCAAGCGUGUUGUGGAGCAGCUGCAGGGCGUUGAAUUGUGGGCUGGCCAUGGCCUCCAGCCCUUCAUGCAGGGGUGGGUGCAGGCCCAGGUGGGGUAUGAGGCUGGGAGGUGGGUGAUAAAGGGAUCAGUGCAGUGGGGACUGCGAGUGACAGGCAGGCAUCAGAGUGGUGAAGGGCCAGGGCCCGGAGAAGGUGAGCCUGUUUGUUGACGGGCUGGUCCCCAUUCCUCAGCCUUCUCUGCCCUCAAGACCCUCACGAGUUCUUGGGAGGGUUUCUGUAUUUCAUUUUACAAAUGAACAAGGUGUCAGCCGUGGGAAGGUUGGGGGCGGGAUGGGAGGCAUGGACCUAUUUACAGGAUCUUGGAGUGAGUUCAAGGUGUGGCAUUGGGGGACGGGGCAGGGAGGGGAGCCCUGGCAGAGCCAUCUCUUCCUAUGACGUUCGUUGGCAGUCUGACCUGCUGCCUCCCAGGGGGAGGGUCCUGGGGUCUGCUUAGCCCCUAGGAGCCCGAGUCCCAGCAGUCCGUCAGGCCCUGGGCCCACCUCCCUGCACAGUGUGCUAAGUGGGGUGAGCCUCUCGGCUGGGGCCCUGCUCUCGGCUCGAGUCCCUGUCAUCCGAGGACGAUGCUGACGAGCUGGAGCCGUGGCCACGGCUGGUCUGCCGGUACGCAGCACUCAGCUCCUGGAGCCGUUCGGGCGUUGGCCCCCACUUGGCAAAGCCAGGCUCGUUCUGCAGGAAGAGCACCACCGUGUUGUAGACGGACUUGUAAUGCAUCUCCUCCCUGUGACGAUGAGGGACAGCGCUUAGGGCCGGCCCCAGGCCGUCCACCCUCUGCUCGGGGCCAGCCCCAAGCUCCAGGCCCCACCCUCCAGAGGCCUCCCCUGGGCACCCACUUCUUGCAGACGUGCUGGGAGCCACUGCGGUACUCAUGCUCGAAAGCAGGCAGGACCAGCUGGUGGCGCUUGAAGCGACUCUGCUCCAUGCGGGUGAGCGCCGGUGUCGGGGGUUCCCGCCACUCGGGGAUGUACACGAUGAAGGACAGGGGCUCCGGGGAGCUCUCCAGCAGUUUCUGUGGGGGCAGGGUGGGCGUCGGGGCUGCUCUUGGCACAGCUGGCAACCCGGCCAGCUCCCUGGCAGCAGCAGCAUCACUCACCUCAAAAUGAGAAACUGUGGCAUCCAUGAGCUCCUCACAGAAGGGCGGGUUGGCCUCAAAGGAGCCACUCAGUGGGGAGAAGUCCAGGCAGGGCCUGGGGACAGGAGAGCAGCCAGCCCCUCACAAAACUGCUGAGGUAGCGGGGAUGAGGCAGGGUGGUCUCCCCCCAGUGGGUGAGACAGCUCAGGGACAGUGCGCUAGCUCGAGGAGGCUGAGAGGAAACCCAGCUCUGCCUCAUGGACUCCCGGCCCCCGAGCCUGUGCCCUCCCCUCACAUCUGUGCUCCCCUCGAACCGGGGCGCCCCUAGUGCACACGGAGCGAAUUCCCCAAGAGGCACAGACACCAGGGUGGGCUUCCGGGGCGGGGCUUCAGCAGUACAUGCUAGAGCAGAGACUACCCAGGCUAGACUGGGCUGCCUCUGCAGCCUUAGAGCACUAUACUAUACUGCUGGCCGACGGGGGCUCCGCCCCCCAGACCUACCCUCGGGAGCCGAAGUAGCCAUCUGUGUCCAGGAAGGCAGAGCAGUACUGGCGGAAGUAGCAGUUGAGGGGUGAAGCGAAGCACUCAAAGCUGACGCCAAAGAGCCGGUGGAGGGCCUCGAAGACUUGCACGGGCAGUGCACCCUGCAGGCCUGUCCCCUCGUAAAGCCCCACGCCAAACAUCAUCUGCCGGGGGAAGUUCAGUCAGCGAGCACCCAGCUCUCUCCACCUCCCUUCCCCUCCAGGGCCCACUGACCAGGCCCAUACCUGGUACCGGCGGAGGAGACACCAGACUCGGGGCAGGAACCUCUCAAAGGCAGAGUCAUCGAUGCAGCUAUAGCGAUACAGGAGCCACUGGGGACAGGGGGGAGGGGGUGUUGCCAGUGGCCCCCCGCUCUCCAGUACUAGUCUCUUGCUGAGAUGUAGGCAGAACCUGGGGUCCCCCACUUGUCCAUCCAUUAAGAGUGCUUCUCCCAUGGGUGGGGACUUGACACUUACCAGCUUGCUGAAGUAGUUGCGGCUGACUUUGACCAUCUCGCCCUUGUACCGCAGGCAGACCAUGUGGCUCUCCAUGUGCAUCUCCACGUUGGGCAGGGGGGGCGCAGACACGGCCAGCCGUACCGGGUAGCAGUACACUAAGCGGGGCUCCACCUCGGGGGCCUCCACCACCUCUGUAGGCAGAGACAGCAGUGAGGAGAGAGCUGGUCCUCCCCGCCCGAGGCUGUGGCCCAGCAAGGAGAGCGAGCAAAAGGUCAGAGAAACACCCAGGCCCUCAGUGGGGCGUCCGUCCAUCUGCCUACCAAGUGCCAGGUAGGACCCACUGUGCCAUCCAGGCACCCAGUGGCUGGGGCUUAGGGGUCCCACCGCCUGGUGGGUGUGCCCCAAGAACAUGGGGGCCACACUCUUCCUCGGGCAUAUUACAUCUCCCCCUGCCAAAGCCCUUCUCCUGGUGCUGGGUCGGGGGAGUGGGCUCCCCACACCUGCCCAAGGCCCAGCUUCACUGUGCCUUCCCGGGGCCGAGGCCGGGCCCUACCCGAGAUGCUGUUCUCCUUGAGGAUAGCAAGGUGCUUCUCACGGAUCCGCCUGACGUACUCCAGGGAGAUGUGGUAGAUCUUACUGCAGAUGCCCUCCACGGAGUCCUUGGCCGCAGCCAAGACAUGGGGGCCGCACUGCCUCCGCAGGUGUUCCAGACGGUCCUGGGGGAAAGCUGUUGGUCAGGGGGCACCGAGGGCCUCUGCUGGAUCCUUUGGCAGAGAGGCAGGCUCUGCUGCUCACCAGCAGUGUUCCUUGGACAGAGCCCUGGGCUUGUUUAAGCUUUGUCCCUCUAUUGUCGGGGACAGGGAUUUGUCACAGGGCAGAGUGACUGUCUGCUCACCCCUUCACCUGGCCCUGGCCCCAGCCCCAUGUGCAACUUUGGAAAACAGAGUGGGCAGCACAGCCCCAAGUGCUGAGGGCAGCAUGGCGACCAGGCGUCCUUGCUCACUGCAGCUUGGGAGUGACCUGGGUGUGUGUAGCUUUGAAGAAUGGUGCAUGAGCUUGGUGAGUGGCUAAGAGUCCCUGCGACUGCUGGCCCUCUGAGGGUCAAAUGCACGGUGCCUAGCAGCCUGGAAGCGAACACCAUCUUGCUGGACCCCUCACCAUGUAGUCCUCCUUGGAGGCCGAGUGGUCCUUCCGCAGCCAGCUGAAGGUGUCCUCCACGUUCCACUUGACCACCUUCCUGCUGUCAGGGGAUGCACUCCUGGGAGGGAGAGGAAGAAAGGCUGCUGUUGGUGGUGGCCACCCUUAUUUGACUCCACCUUGGGAGCGGGACAGGUGGCCUCCAACUCCCCCACCCCCAUCACAGGCCCAUCUCGCUUGGGGCAGAGGGCCAAACCUGGACUCAAUGAGCCUCCGGGCGGCCUCUGCAUAUUUGAAGAGCAGGCGCUUGGCUUCCUCCCGAAACUUGAUCCGGGAUAGCCUGGAGGCAGGGUGUCGACCUUAAGGCCCAGAAGGGGCUGGCCUGGAAGCCAGGUGGUGGAGGCCCUCCCCAGCCUAGGGCUGUACCUGAUGGGAAUGUCAUUCAUGAUUUCUCGAAACAUGGAUGGCGACACAAGCGGCUCGCAGUCGCUGGGCAGCAGGGGGUCCGAGCCUUUGUCCACCACCUUGCGCUCCAGCAGCCAGCGGUUGAAGGAUUCCCGCGGAGGUUCAAUGCCUGCGAGACGGAGACUGCCUGGUUGAGGAGUGGCACCUGGCCUGGCGCGCGGGGGCCCUCGGCCUGCAGAAGUCUGUCUUAGGCAGACUCAGUCACUGGUUUCAAAGUGUGCUCAUGAAGUUGCACACGGUUCAAAGGGGUGCGGCAGGGUCUUACAGUCCCACCAUGGUAGCAGGCCUGUUGAUUGAUUCUAACCAAUAAAGACUGCUGAUGACCGA